AUGUGUGAAGAAAAUAGGACAAAAGUCACAGAGUUUCACCUCUUGGGAUUCCGUAAUCUUUAUAACUUUAGGACUUUCUUCUUCAUCGUCCUACUUGUCAUUUACAUUGCGAUGGUGGUUGGGAACCUUUUAAUCAUCCUCUUGGUGUCAUUUAUUGACCAUCUACAAAUUCCAAUGUUUUACUUCCUCAAACAUCUAGCUGUGGCCGAUCUUCUUCUUACCACCAUUGUGGUACCAGUCAUGUUGGACAUAAUACUAAAGCACGGAGGAGGAGUCAUUUCUUUCAAUGAGUGUCUGAUACAGUUGUGUGUUUAUGGUAUUUUUACGUCCGUUCAGUGUUUCCUGUUGGCCGUAAUGUCUUAUGAUCGAUACUUAGCAAUCUGCCACCCACUUCAUUAUGUCUACUUGAUGAGCCCUAAGAGAUGUGUGCAGCUCAUGAUUGUAUCUUGGUCUAUGGUGGUUGCUUUGAUUUUAAGUGAAAUUGUUUCAAUAAGUCAGUUUGAGUUUUGUGGCCCGAAUACUAUUGACCAUUUUGUCUGUGAUUUCCGUCCAGUUAUAAAACUAAUAACUUCAAAUAGCAGUAUAAUCAUAAUACUAGACUUUGCUAUCUCAGGCUUCAUGUUCCUCUGCCCAUUUGUUUUCAUUAUUAUAACAUAUAUCUGCAUAUUUAUCACAAUACUGAAAGGAAAUACUGGAAGGAAAAAAGUCUUCUCCACAUGUAGUUCCCACCUGACCACAGUGUGCACCUAUUAUGGGGCCCUCAUUACAGUUUACAUGAGCCCAUCAGAUAAGAACCAUAGUGAUGUGAACAUGUACCUAUCUCUUCUGUACAUUGUGGUGAUUCCACUUAUUAAUCCCAUUAUCUACAGUCUGAGAAACCAUGAAAUUGAAAGAGCUAUAAAGAAAGUAUUAAAAAUAACCAGGACAGUAAUGACAGGACAAUGA